AUGAAGCCCCUUUCAUACAUCGCCGUCCUUGUCGCUGCCUCCGGCGCCGAUGCCAGAGUGACCAACCUUCCCACGAACAAUGUAGUCUGUGGCAACAUCCGCGCCUUCACGCCGACCGAUGUCGCGAACGCUGGAAAUGCGGCUCUAGCGCACAGAAACAAUCCCAUUGGUGCACGAAAGUAUCCUCACAGAUACCACUUCAACCGACCAGACUGUGGCAGCCAGCUCUGGGGCUUCCCGCUCUCGUGGACGGUUCCGUAUACCGGAGGAGAUCCUAUGCUCUCCAGGGCUAUUUUUACCUUUGUUCAGGAUGGGAACGAGCUAGUAGCGAGAUAUUGCGGCACUUAUGCGCACAGGACGAGGCCUGACGACAAUAACUUUUACCAGUGCACUUGA